UCUCGUAAGGCUGCAUUAGAUUCCGUUUUACAUUACGUACCCAGUCGCUCCACGAUACCGAUCGCCGUAACCUCUUAACUAUUUUGUACUUCAGAAGAUGGAGUCCUAGAGCGGUUAUAUAGGAAAACAUCAGUCAAGAGCUUAAGAAAAGCCAAAUACUCCUUUCUGCUGUGUUAAGGCGAGAUUAAUAGGCCGCUAUUCCGGAAUAUACAAGGGAGGCAUUGGACACAUUCAAAGUUGAAGAUGGGUUACACACAUCGGGACAAUGCGCAGUUUGAUCGAGCAAAGUGGAGGAAGAGGAUACUCCUACCAUGCUGGGCGAUCCAGAUCUUAAUUUUGCUAGGGAUAAUGGGUUUAUUCUCCUAUCGACUUUCUAGGACGUCCAAAACGUGGCGAGAUCAACAAGCUCAAGGCGAGGAUCCUACAGUGGAGUUCGUAUGGGAAAUGGUCAACGUUUCAUUUUCGUUCAUUUCCCUCGUUAUAGUAUUCGUUUCGAUAGCAAGGUUUAUCGCCGAGGUGUUGACACCACUGCCGUUGCUGUUUGGAAAUAUCAUAAACUUAGCCCUUACAUCUGCUGUUCUAGCACUUGAUAUUGUGGUUUAUGUUAAGUACGCCGACAGGCGAUACUCAUUAAUUGGAUUGGUGAUGGACUGCAUCCUCAUGUUCUUCACGAUUAUCCCUACGUUCUACUCGGUCACCAUCUAUCGUCGGCUAUUGAGUUAUGAUGAUUACCAUAUCCCCGGCAAUAUCAAGCCGUAUGGCUAUGCUAGUUCCGAGGAGCCUGAAGAAACAGCAUAUCGAUCGUCGUGGCUUGAACCUCCCGUGCCGUACGAUCCAACAAAUCCUUCCGUAACGGUAACUCGGCCACGAUCGCUAUCCGCCGCCAGUCGCCAUAUCUCUUUGGCACUUAGUAGCCACCCCCCUUCACCACAACCGACUCCGCCUGCCGUAGAGCCGAUGACGGAGCGCCGUGCGAGCUACAAUCAUAAGCGUGAUACUCAAUUCGACGAAUAUGUACGACGCCGGUCAAGCUCGUAUACUAAAUCUGAUGUAGAGCGGGCACUGGGAGUAGAGUUCGGCUGGGAGGACACUCGUGAUCAGCGCGACAGUGUGAUCAGCGCAGGGGCAGUAUCUGUAUUGCAGUCGAGACCUAGGGGGGAUUCGCUAUCAAUAAGACAGGCGAGCUUGCAGGCGAGCCUUAGUAGAAAUGGCAGUACCGCGACCACCACGACCACUACUACAACUAUUUCCACAGCAUCAUUAGAUGCGCAAAUCGAAAUGGCAAGGGCGCAUAGUCUAAACAGCGUACCAGAAGCUCACGAGGAAGACGCAGAUGUCGGGAUGGGAGGAAACAAGACGGCGUUACUUAAUGGUGAUAGGAUAUCACGAUCCAGCUCGGGGGCGAGCAGGCAUAGUGUAGGGAGAAUUGAGAAGGUUAAAGGGCUAGAAGUGGUGCAACUUGAGAGUGGAAAACGGAUGAGGCAGCUAUGAUACCCAAAGAAGCGAAAUGAAUGAACGAAUUGAUACAACCUUGGAAGUUUCGACGUCUAUGACACGAUUUAUUAUGCGAUAUGGGUGCUCUUUCUACCUCAUUAUAUACAUAAGCUAGUUGUUGUUUCUUUCCCUUGUUCCUUUAUGUACUUUUAGGUAAGAGGUACCUACAUUGGCCCGACGUCAUCAAGCUACCUAUAUGCAAGUACCUAUCUCCUACAUGUAAGAGGUACCUAUGUAAGUACAUCUUCUACAAUACAC